AUGGCAGACGAAUCAAGAACUGUCAUAGCACCAGAUCAACCGGUCACAAUGGGGCAAUUGUUGCAACUGUUCAAACAGUUAAACUCCAAUCAACCGUCCACUGAAACUGUGACCAACACCCAUACCCUCUCCAUCUCAGAGAAAUUAACAAAUCAAAAUUACACAAAAUGGUCCAGGUUGAUGCACUUCGCCAUUAGUGGACGAGAUCGUCUCAAUCACAUCAUAGACGACCCGCCUUCCACAAACGACCCAGUGUACAGCCAGUGGAUCAAACGUGACUCGAUUGUUAUCUCAUGGAUCCUAGAGAAUAUAGAUUCUGACUUAGUGAAUCAAUAUCUUGAUUUCCCAACAGCCAAAGCUUUGUGGCAAGGGAUUGAAACUCUCUUCAGUAGUGGGAGAGAUGGCCUGCAAAUUUUCGAUUUAACAGUCAAGGCAAAUAAAAUCCAGCAAGGAACAGACACAAUCGAGACAUAUUACAGCAAGCUUCUCAUGGUAUGGAAGGAAAUCGACAGAAGACAACCAAACCCAAUGAAAGACCCAGGUGAUAUCGUUAUUUAUAAUCAACUAAUUCAAAAAAACAGAUUAUACCAAUUUUUAGCCGGAAUCCAUCAAACUUUUGAUAAAGAUAGGCGAGAUCUAUUACUGUUGGAUCCACUCCGCACAGUGGAGGAAGCAUAUGCAAGUAUCAGAAGGGAGAUAUUAAGGCGGGGAAUCAUGAAAACGGAGCCCUCAUCAGAUUUAGAAACAUCGGGCUCCGGUGGAGUCUUUACGGCCAAAGGGAAGACUUACCGGCGGGAAGAUGACAAGUCUCACCUCAAAUGCACCUACUGUGGAGGUACAAGGCACACGCGAAAUGAGUGCUUCAAACUCGUUGGCUACCCUGAAUGGUGGCCGGAUCCGAAGAAAAAAGGGGAAAAAAGACAAACCCACUUCUCCGAUCAGCACCGCACCGAAAAAGUAGCAAUGGGAUGGAGUACAGAGAGGCAUGCUCCAUGA